AUGUUUGUAAAUAAUUGGACAAGGGCGUUCGAAAAAUUGUUACCAACAUCGUGUACAACAAAAAAAAGUUGGCAUCAAAUAACACGAAAUACCCCUAAGUCAUCAGCUUCUGAAAGACGCCAUCUUCUUAAAAUUAAUAGUAAUCCACCUCCAAGUGUUGCCUCUGCCCCUUCCUGUAUUGAACAAUGUCAGCAAGAGACAACAACACAACAAAUUCAAGAUUCAAACAACAAUAUAGACAUUAUUAUCGUUAAUAAUCACCAAAAUUCUCAACAAAAUAAAUCUAAAAAUUUGGCGGGCAUAGCUCUUAAUUUAGUUCGUUCUGCCUCUCGCGAAUUUAAUGAAGGGAAAGUGAAGAAAAAUAAAAUUUUUGAAAGAAUAAAAGGAAGAUCUUUAUUUUUAAAUUCAAAAAAUUAUUUUGUUGCUUCAGAACCAAAUUCAAGUUUUAAUUUGGAAAGAAUUAAUAAAUGUUUAAAAGAAGAAGAUUUUGAAGGAGAAAAAAUUAAAAAAUUAAGUGAAACUCUUCCAAUUUCAAAUUUUUGUUUUAAUAACAACAACAAUGAACACAAUAAUAAUGAAAUUGAAAGGAAUAAAAUUAAAACAAAAUUUUCUUCAAAUGAAUUAAAUACUAUUAGUGUAAAUUAUUUAAAAACAGAAGAUUCAAACGAGGCUAUAACUCUUGAUUUGGUAGAAAAUUGGAGUGUAAAAGAAAACCAGGAAAGCCAAAUAGAACAAAAAUUGCAUAAAGAAACUUUAGAUGGCCUUUCACGAUUACGCGGACUAGGCUCUUUCCUAGCUGAACAACUUUCGAAUGAAGCAGAUAAAUGUGAUAAAAGAUGGGCAAUUGCAAGAAGACAAAGAAGAACAUUAAUAGAUUCACUAAUUUUGGCUUUAAAAGAAGAAAGUGAAGAAGGGAAAUUAAAAGGGAAAGAAGAUCUAAAUAAAAAAUUGGAUAAAUUAAAUUCUCUAAAAAUAGAACAAAAAUAUCCAAAAAGGCAUUCUAGUAAUGGAUGGUUAUUUAAAAUAAAUGAUGAUAAUAUUAGCUAUUCAACAACAACAAAAAAUAAUUCAAAUGCCCCAAGUUGUUCUUCUUCAGAAAUUAUUUCAACAAAAAAUGAAUUACCCCGUUAUGAAUUUUUUGAAAAUAAAAAAGUAAAAGACAAAAAAAGUGAGGAAGAGGCAGAUGAUGAAAUUGAAACGAGUGGAGAUGAUGAUAUUAUUUAUUUAUAA